UGAUAGGAUUUGAUAAGAACUCAGAGCCAUUCAUCUAGUUAUAAAUAAAGCGACGCUUUGUUUGUUUGUUUUUCCAAUAAUUAUGUGAAAAAUGUUUUUUUUUUCUUACAGUAUUUAAUUUUAUUUUACAAAAUUGAAGUUGUUUAGUAAUUCAAAUUAAUGGCUAAUAAAGCGCUUGCCCUCCUUUUGACUGAUACCAUAUCAUAUAAAAGUGAUAGUAGUGACAAUGAAUCAAGCAGCUGGAGUGACUUAUGCAGUUUAACAUCUGAAUUUUCAGAUGAUGAUGAUGAUGAUGAAGAGGAUAGACUAUUCUUUCCUCUCAUGCAGUACCUAAUUAGAUUAAGAAGAGAACGUGUGGACGACUACUUGCACAUCAUAGAAUCUUACACUGAAGCCGAAUUUAAAAACCGAUUAGGUUUGAGUCGAAAAAUUGCCUGCAGACUUAUUGAUGAUUUAGAGAAAUCUGGUAUAAUAGCUAAUCACAAAUUUGGCUUAAAGCCAUUGGAACCAAGAUUAUGUUUCUACAUAUUCUUAUCAUUUAUAGCAAAUACAGAACCCCUAACACCAAUAGCCACAAGAUUUGAUAUAUCAAUAUCUUCCACAUUCCGUGUUAUAAGAAGAGUAGUUGCAUGGAUUUUAACCAAAAUGGAUGAUGCUAUCAAAUGGCCACAAGACAUGAGUGAAAUCAUGACAAUAUGCGACAACUUCCAUAAUAAGACGGGGAUAUCUAAUAUGCUAGGAGUGAUUGAUUGUACACAUGUGAAAAUUGAGAAACCAAAGGAUGCACCAGAAUAUUGUAACACAAAAGGAUAUUUUUCUAUUAUCCUGCAAGCCACUAUUGAUGCAAAAUUGCGGUUUACUAAUAUAUAUUGUGGUGAACCAGGAUCAUUAAGUUGUGCAAGAGUUUUGAGAAAGUCUCCUCUUUAUCAUACUGCAACACAAAACCAAGCUGGUCUAUUUCCACAUGAUACAUUUUUAGUUGGCCAUUCAGGAUAUCCUUCUUUAACAUGGCUAGUACCACCUUUCAGGGAAAACAAAAGACUGACUUUGAAUCAAAGAGAAUUUAAUUCUCUUCAUGCUGCUACUAGGAAAUUAAGUGACAAAGCUUUCAACUUGUUAAAAAAUAGAUUUAGAAGAAUAAAGCUAUUUACUGUUUAUAGAAAUGUUACUUUUAUAACUGAUACUAUUGUAGCAGCAUGUGUAUUACAUAAUUAUUGUUUAAGUGAAAAUGAAUAACUGAGAUAUAAUAAAAUAAUGUAGGUGUAGUACAUGUAAAGCUUUAAUUAAUUUAUACGACAUCUAUUAUUAUAUUAUUUAAUAAAUUAUUACACAAA